AUGGCUAACCAGGAGGGCCCUGCGACAUAUGUCGAGACGGGGCGACCGCUUGAAAUCAUCCUGCGGGAUUUGGAUGACGAGGAACUUGCUGAGGAGCUUGAUCGAAUGGUCUCCAAUAACUAUUGCGGGAAAAGGUAUAUGCCUUCAAAAUGGAUCGAGGCGUACACGUCAGAAGCGGUAGUCAAGAGCAUUCUUAGGUCACGAUAUAAACCAUCCUUAGUCCCCGAUCUGAUUUCAUACGUCUUGCACUCGCCCGCCAAGAAACUACUUCUUUUACUCGCCCUUUGCCAGGCGCUGCACUGUCUUCCGGCAAUGAAGGAUUUCGAGCUUAACGAUGACUACCUUCCUGUCGCCAUUAUCCGCAAACCUAGUACCAAGGGACUUAUACAGAAACUUAGCGAGCACGAGGGGGGGAAGGAGGAUUUUCCCAAUCCAUUGAUGAGAGGCGCGUUCGAAAGAAACCAAUGGUUGUUCCUUGCGCCUGUCUUUACAGAGGAUGAAUUUCAUCAUGAAUUGCACUCAGAUACUCCUCUCCCGUUUCUACCGAUAGAACCCAACCCUCAGCCAAAACUAGGUGGCUUCAGCACCGUACUCGAGGUGCACGUGGAUACAUCCCACCAGCUCGUGACUACAACGUAUGGCCAGCCGAACUCAUCAAAGGCCGCUCUCAAAGACUUGCGUGUUGGUUUGGAAAACUAUGAAAGGGAAAAGAAGGCUCUGGAGAAGAUCAGAAAUAUAGAAAAUCCUCACCUCGUUAAGCCCAUCGCAAGCUUGAAGCUGGCAGACAAGUCUGGGUACUUUCUCUUUCCAUGGGCCGAAGGUGGAAAUCUUUGGAACUUCUGGGGCAAUGAGAGCAACCGCGAUGGAGUCAUUAAAUCAGGAGACUACCCAAAGAUUCUAUGGACCUUAAAACAGAUUCAUGGACUGUGUCAUGCUCUCGUUGCCUUGCACAAUGAGGAAGACAAGAUCAGUGGGAAAAGGCCGGUAUUUGGGGGUGCGAAUACUGAUUAUGGACGCAUCGGGGACGAAAAUGGUCGUCACGGCGAUAUCAAGCCAGAUAAUAUUCUGGUUUUCUACAAGGCCGGCAAUCCCCAUGACAUAGUCCUUUGUAUUGCUGAUGUUGGUCUAGGCAAGUUUCAUGCCAAGACAACGCAGAUGCGAAUGGAGGGCAACGAAAUAACCGACACAAAAACGGGAACUUCCCGGUAUCUGCCACCCGAAUUUGAUAUGAAGACAAAUAAACAGAUAUCUCGGCUUCACGAUGUGUGGUCACUUGGCUGCGUUUAUCUUGAAUUCGUUGUCUGGGCUUUGUGGGGGGAACAUGGCCUGAAAACGCUUCAGUCGUCGACUUUUAACCAGUUCUGGCAGGGGACAAAUAAGCAGAAACAACUCCACCAAGAGGUUAAAACUUGGAUUUCGACUAUAACUAAUACUCUAUCUAGUGUCGACGGACCAACUGCUCUCCUGGAUCUGGUUCAACUUGUUGGAUCUGAUAUGCUUCAGCUAAAAAUGAGCCGUAAGAGAUCAAAGGACAUACUCCCCAAAUUAAGGGAAAUCCGCAGAAAAGCAGAAUCUGACGAAAGAUAUUGUUUCAAUCCAACCAUUCAACAAAAGGCCACGAGGCCCAUCAACAGCAGUCAUUCAAACUUGUUAGGGUUACCAGUCACUUUGCCAGAAGACAUGAACAAACUGGAAGAUGUGUGGGAGUCUUCUUCGGAUAACAAUUUCGCAAACUGUCUAAACAAGAUCCUCCGGGACAAGGCCAUAGCAGAAGUUCCAUCAACAAGUUCAGUCACGCCUGGCCUUUGUUCCGAAUGCUUAACGAUGGAUUUCUGCAAACCUAGUUUGAGGUUCGUCAUGCAAAUCAAGAGAUCUGAGACCUGCCAACUUUGCAGCUUGCUAUAUCAAGCUUGUAAAACUCUAGGCUACGGCGAUGGCCAUGAGGAUAAUGUGGAAAUUUAUCGAAAGGGACCAAAGCUCGACGUCCAUGACGAGCCAUCCGAUCUUCCAAUACUUUCUUUAUACAUGCACCCAGAUUUCACUCAGUCGCCAGCCUCUGAUUCUGAUAUCCAGCUAGGGACCCCCGACUUACCUGAGGAUGGAAGUAUUCACCAAAUCGAACUAUUCAAGGAAUGGAUUCGGACAUGCGAAGAGUCUCACAACCAUUCAAGGAGUAGCCCGGAUACGCAAUUCCUGAUAUCCAAUACCGUCAACAACAUAUCAACUACGAGCCAACUAGUCGACCCUCCAACACGUCUCAUUGAUGUAAGGGGCGGACUCGGUGACAAUGUACGCCUCAUAAGUGGAAAGGAGAUGCAGUCUCCGAUUUUCUUUGCUCUGAGUCAUCGUUGGGGUGAUAAGGAUGAGCAUCAAGUCGGUUGCACGCUGCCAAGCAAUGUGAAAGACCGGUUUAAUGGAAUCAGUCUGAUCGAACUACCAAGGAACUUUCAAGAAGCUAUCAAGAUAACCAAGGCAAUGGGCGUACGAUACCUGUGGAUUGAUUCAGUGUGCAUAAUCCAAACUGAUAGCGACGACUGGAAACGGGAAGCUGUGCGAAUGGAGCAGGUAUAUAGCAAUGCCUCCUGCGUCCUCGCGGCUUCUUCCUCGAAUUCUUCAAUCGAGGGGUUCCUCAAAAGCUCGCGUAUGAAGCGGCCCUAUGUCUCAGUCAAGUCGCCUUCCGGGAGGAGUGUCUAUGUUUGCAAAGAUAUAGAUAACUUCCACACAGAUGUAGAACGCUCGAUUCUCAACUCAAGAGGGUGGGUCCUCCAAGAGAGAGCGCUUGCUCGCCGGAUAAUUCAUUUCACGAAAAAUCAAGCAUAUUUUGAAUGUGGAAACGGAGUACACUGCGAAAGCUUGAUAAAACUUAAUAAGUACACACACCUACUCCCUCCUAGAUACCUUGGUAGUGGCAAGGCGACGUUACUUGGUGACUCCAAUUUCCCGAGAUCGGCCGAAUCAUUCCACAAGACGGGGAAAAUCGUCAUCAUGCAAAAUUUGUAUAAACAAUACUCGGCACUAGCCUUCAAGUUUUUUGAAGAUCGCCCUGUUGGUAUUUCUGGGCUGGAAAGGCGGCUCACAUCCGCAUAUGAUACGCGGGGGGGAUAUGGCAUCCUCGAAGCGUAUUUGGAACGCAGCUUACUCUGGAAAAGAGAUGAGGCAAAAUUCCUAGAGCGGAUUCGAUUUCCAUCAGGGAGAAGCCUGCCCUCGUGGUCGUGGAUGGCCUACAGCGGGACCAUUACGUAUGUUGAGGUCGGGUUCAACGAGGUGGACUGGACGAAUGAAUACGUCUCGCCUUUUGCAUCGCUCACUCAAAGUAACAACAAGCAACAUUGGGAAGCAACUGGUGAACAUAGAUUGCCAGCACUUAAGGUCAGCAAAGUGAGACGAUUGAACACCGGGUCCAACCUCGACCAGGUGCUAGCUAAGAUCAGUUUCGACGUCGCAGGGGGAGAAUGCGCAACACGGGAUUUGCGCUGCGUUGUCUUGGGCAGACGCAAGAAGACUAUGGGUACCACUCCUUUACCUUGCUACGUGUUGAUGGUGAAAUCUGGCAUAGAUCCCAACACCGUUGUGAGGAUCGGUGCUGGAAUGUUGCUGGAGCAUGAUAUCUGCUGGGAUUUGUAUGAGUCAAAGAAUCUAGAUUAA